CUUGUCUUCUCCAAGUCCUAAAAAGUUCCACUUGCCGUCUUUGCUCUGAAAACAUGGCAUAUGUCUACACUGGCUAUUAAUAGAGGUAAUGUAUAUUUGUAAAAAUGAAAUUUUUAUUAUAAAGAUUACAUCUUUACUAUUGGGUUGUGCUUAAAUGUCCAUUUCAAAGUUUUACCAACCUGUAAAUCAUUUUUUUUUCAAGAAACCCAAUAAAGAAAUUGCCAAAUUAAUAUCCCAUGUUCCCCCUUCACAAAUUUCCAAUCUUAAUGCACAAUCUUGCUCAAGUUUCUUCAAAUUCAAGAAAAAAAACCCAAUCUUGAUGACUCACGGAAGCUCCAAUCUUGGAAACCAUAUAGCCUUAGUUUUAUACUUUUUAAAAGCAAGGGAGUUUGCUGAAGUUGAGAAUAUAUUGCAUGUUGUUGUUGCUAAUGAUGGUAUGAGGAAACCAAUGUCAGAAAUAGCUUUUUUGUUGAGUGAAAAUCAUGUAGAAUAUAAGGUUAUAGGGAAGGUGUUUAAUAUGUUAUUUAGUGUUUAUGUUGAUAAUAUGAUGUUUAAGGAAGGUUUAGAGGUUUUUGAGUAUAUGAGAAAAGGGGGGUUGGAAAUUGAUGAUAGAGCUUGUAUGGUUUACUUGCUUGCUAUGAAAAGGCGAAGGCGAUAUGACUUGUUGUUCGAGUUUUUUGAGAUGAUGGUUGAGUUUGAUGUGAAAAUUACAGUUUAUUCGAUGACGGUGGUGAUUGAUGUGUUGUGUAAGAUGGGGGAGGUUUGUAAGGCAAGAAAGAUCAUGGAUGAAAUAAUGGUUAGUAAAGGGGUGAAACCAAAUGGUUACACUUAUAAUAUAUUGUUACAAGCAUAUGUACAGAAACCGGAUUUUGUCGCUGUAAAGGAGAUUUUGAGGACGAUGGAGAAGGAUGGUUUCGAUAUCAAUGUGGCAAGUUAUACACUUUUGAUUAAAGGAUACUCAAUGUUUGGCGAUCUUGAAGAGGUUGAGAAGUUGUUUAGGGAAAUAGAAAAGAAGGACAUAGAGCCAAAUGUUCAUUUAUGCACCUCUAUGAUUAGUGGUUAUAGUAAGUUAGGUAAUGUUAACAAGGCAUUUUCAACGUUUGUCGAGAUGAUGCAGAGAGGCCUUGUUCCUGAUGGUCACACAUAUGGAGCUUUGAUAAAUGGUUUUUGCAAGGCUGGGCAAGAAGUUGAAGUUUUGCUUAAUGCAAUGAAAAGCCAGGGAAUUGACAUAGACCGGGUCAUAUUUAAUGCGAUGAUGGAUGGUUGCUGUAAGCAGGGUAAUGUGGAGGAAGCAUGGAGGGUACAGAGAAUUAUGGAGGGCAAAGGACAUGAGCCUGAUGCAAAUACUUACAAUAUAAUUGCUACAGGCCUGUGCAAGCUAGAUUUGCAUGAUGAAGCAAAGAGGUUGUUGUUCUCGAUGGUGGAUCGAGGUGUAGCUCCAGAUGCAGUUAGUUAUACAACUUUAAUCGAUAUUUAUUGCAAGCAGGGAAAUUUUGUGGAAGCAAAAAGGGCACUUAUUGAGAUGCAAACUAAGGAAAUUAAGCCUACCACGGCGACGUACACUACCCUGAUACAUGGUUAUUGCAAGGUGGGAAAUAUUGCUAAAGCAGAAAAGGUACUUAUUGAGAUGGAAACUAAGGGAGUUAAGCCUAACACGGUAACGUACACUGCCCUGAUAGAUGGUUAUUGCAAGGUGGGAAAUAUUGCUAAAGCAGAAAAGGUACUUAUUGAGAUGGAAACUAAGGGAGUUAAGCCUAACACGGUAACGUACACUGCCCUGGCAGAUGGUUAUUGCAAGCAAGGAAAUUUUGUGAAAGCCGAAAGGACACUUUUUGAGAUGGAAACUAAUGGAGCUGAGCCUAACACGAGAACAUACACUGUGCUAAUAGAUGGUUAUUGCAAGGCGCGAAAUAUUGCUAAAGCAGAAAAGGUACUUAUUGAGAUGGAAACUAAGGGAGUUAAGCCUAACAUGGUAACGUACACUGCCCUGAUAGAUGGUUAUUGCAAGGUGCGAAAUAUUGCUAAACCAGAAAAGUUACUUGUUGAGAUGGAAACUAAGGGAUUUAAGCCUGACACGGUAACGUACACUGCCCUGAUAGUUGGUUAUUGUAAGGUGGGAAAUAUUGCUAAAGCAAACAAGGUACUUAUUGAGAUGGAAACUAAGGGAGUUAAACCUAGCACAAUUACUUACAAUGCCCUGAUAGAUGGUUAUAGCAAGGUGGGAAAUAUUGCUUAGGCGAAAAAAGGUACUUAUUGAAAUGGAAACCAAGGGAGUUAAGCCUAAUACAAAUAGUUACAAUGCUGUGAUAGAUGGUUAUGCAAGCAGGGAAACUUUGUUGAAGCAGAAAGGCUGCUUAGUGAGAUGAAAACUAAGGGAGUUAAGCCUAAUAUGAGAACAUGCAAUUCCCUGAAGAUGGAGUAUGAGAAAGGUAUGAUGAAAGAUUUAAGGAUUGUCAUGAUGUCUAUACAUACACCUCUCAUAUACUUCGGGGAUGCAUAUCAGGAAAAGUAGAUGCUGCUUUAGAGCUUUUCAACGAGAUGCCUACAAAGGGUUUAGUUCCGGACGUGGUGACUUACACAACAAUGAUCUUUGCCUAUCAAAAUAGGGCAGUUCAAAUGAAGCCUUCAGAUCAAAUGAAAAUCGGGUUUAAUGUUGAAGUACCAGAGGACAAGAGAUACAUCAACAAUUAGAUGGCAAAACCCCAGCCGAUACUCGCUGUUUCCAAUGUAGAAUGCUGCUCAAGUGGAAACUUGUAAGAUACUAAUAUUAAAGAGUAUUUGAUUUUCAUGAACAAGACGAUUUUCUUGUUCUUUUUAAAAAAGUACAAAAUGUAUGAAGUUCUCCGGAUUGCAGUCUCCCAACUGUCCAGGUAUUGUAAAGAAGGAAGAUUCUCCAUGAGAUUUGACAAGUUUAUCUACUGGAAUGAUGUACCGUUGCUUCAUUUUAAUGAGGAACAAGUUGGAGGCGCUAAUGAUCAAGAUGGAGGUGCGAAUGAACAGGAUCAUAAUCCGCAUGUAGGCGCUAAUAAGCAAAAUGCUGAUCCAGAUGGAGACGCUAAUGAGCAAAAUGCUGAUCGAGAAGGAGACGCUAAUGAGCAAAAUGCUGAUCAAGAUGGAGACGCUAAUGAGUAAAAUCCUGAUCAAGAUGGAGACGCUAAUGAUCAGAUUAUAAAUUAUACACCCAAUGUUAUUACUUACCCUGCACUUGUGGAUAGCGCUUCAUAGUUGAAAUUUAUUUAGUGCCAAAAGUUGUUCUUUACAAACUUAAUUAUAUGGUGCAGGACAUCGUGCAGAAAUUCGGUGUGCCUAGCUUGUCUGCCAUAAACUCAAGGUUGAUAUCGAUUUGAGACCCAAUAAAGGGCGAAACUGCUGUUCAGAUUUAAGCUGCUUGGUUUCCUUCCUUCAUUUCAGACAAUGAUCUUGGAAGACAGGAGAUAUAUUGCCCUAUGACAUCUGUAAGUAUUCAGACGAUUUUAGACUAUAACAACUUUUUAUUAUUUGAAUCAAAAUGAAAUAUCAACCAUGAGAUUAAGAAACUAUGGUCCUUAAAGCUAAAUGUUGUUUCAUUACAAAGUCAUGCUGGGAAUAUCACUUCCCAAGUGUGUAAUUUCAAACUUUUGAUGCAUUUGGUUCAAAAUGUUUAGCUACAUGUUUGUUCUUUAAGCAGUAUUGCUUCCUAUAUUGUGUAACUCUGUAGAUGCUGGUGGGGAUGUAUGCAAAUUUUUAGGCUCUGGCACUCUUUUUUGGCUAAGUGGCCUACAUUCUAAUCAUUAUACCAGAGACAGAGCUAACUUUAGUAUGCAAUAUAGAACUUGGAUUGCAUUUUUAUAGUGUGUUGUGAUUUAACGGUUAGUGACCCUCACUAGGAAGAAAAAAAAAAGUUAGAUGGACUUCUUAUAUUAAUUGAUGGGAAAGACUUUCCAGUUUUUACAGCAUGUUCUAAAUACCUGGGUGAAAGAGUAAAUAUAAUUAGGAACCAGCAGUACUGCAGUCGCUUCAUCAAAAGCUUUGGGUCUUGGUAUGCUGUUUGACAAUCUCUAAUAAAUGAAUAUUCUGAUAUAGUUCUUUGCCACUUUAACCCGUAUGUUAACAUUUAGAUCACGUUUCUUUGCCUGUCACUCUCUUUGGCAUAACUGUUUUGAUUGAAUACAAUUUGACAGAACUGGUUAAUAGACUUGCUCUAUUUCCUUAUAAGCUCGUUUCAAAGCUUUCAUCAUAUUAACUUUUGAUGAAGUAAACAAACUUUAUUUAAAGAAGAGGCACCAUUGAAGCACCAGAUAGCUAUACUGUUUUUAUCUUUUUCAUAUUGUUUGAUUGAUGUACUGUGAGCAAAUCCAAAUCUUCACCCACGUGUAUCUCCUCUCAAAAAUUCUACUACAGAUUAACUGAGUGAUCAUGAAUGUUUAUGACUUUGAUAGGUGUAAGCAAGUUUAUCUAUCCUUUUUUCUUUUUCCCGAAGUCACAGCUGACGUAUUAAAUUCUGAAUAUAUUACAUUCUCUCAUGCAGUCUACAGUACCUUUGAGUUCAUUGUCUCGCACUGAUAAUAAGACCAUUUUAGCUGCAUGUGCUCAAUCAUUGGCGGAGUACUGUGAAGUUCUCCUUCUAAAUUUUUAAAGAAAAUUGCACAAUUUUGAUGAAUAAUAAUGUAAUAUUGACUUCCUAAUUAUUUAUGUUUUGAUUGUAAUUUUGUAGAAUAAAAAUAAUUUUCUGCGCUCAACUACUGUCUACCGUAUGGUGGCUUCUGAGAUUUAAACAACUAGAAAGAUCAGCGUGAUGAAAUGUUGUGGUUACUUGGUAUGAAAACCUCGUUUGAAUGUUUAGGGUGUGUUUGUUAUGGGGAAAUUUUUUCCAAUUUUCCCAUGCUUGGUUGGUCUAAAUUUUUGGAAAACAUCUUAUCUAGGAAAAAAAGUUCCUCAAAAAUGAGGAAGAUGACUUUCCCUAUGGAAGUAGGGAAAACAAAUUCCAUAAGUGGCAUUCCACACUGAUUGUCUCCCUCUACCCUUCAAUAAAACCCAUCCCCAUAGCCCUCAUCCCCACCACCCUCACCUUCACCCCCGUAGUGUUUUCCUAGAUUAUUUACCAAUGCUUUUGGGAUAAUUUUUUUUUUGUUU